CUUUAUUAUUAUUGUUGUUGCAUUACAAAUACAUAAACUAUCACGAACCCAGGGAAGCUCCGAGUUCCUCUUAUCCUAGCCAAACAUAAAUUUUCUGUCUUGUUUUUUCGAGGUUGGUUUAAUUGAGGAAUGGCCAUUGAAACAGAGCAGGGGAAGGACUUCAUUUUCAGGUCCAAGCUUCCUGAUAUAUACAUCCCCAAAAACCUUCCCCUCCACGCCUACUGCUUCCAAAAUUUGCCAGACCACGCCUCACGCCCUUGCUUGAUCAAUGCCCCCACCGGAAAAGUCUACACCUACUCCGACGUCGACGCCACCGCCCGAAAAGUGGCGGCCGGCCUCCACAGAUUGGGCGUGCGACAGGGCGAGGUCAUCAUGAUCCUUCUCCCCAACUGCCCCGAAUUCGUCUUUGCGUUUCUCGGGGCGUCUCAUCGCGGCGCCGUGGCCACUGCGGCCAACCCCUUCUUCACCCCGGCGGAGAUUGCGAAGCAAGCCAAGGCAUCCAAGGCCAAGGUGCUCAUCACGCAGGCCUCUUACUACGAAAAGGUGAAGGAGCUGGAGGAGGUGAAGUUGGUGUUCGUGGACACGUGUCCGGUGGCGGAGGCAGACGGCGUUCACGUCCAUUUCUCAGAGUUGUGUGAGGGCGACGGGGAGAUGGAUGAGGUGGAGAUAAGAGCGGAUGAUGUGGUGGCAUUGCCGUAUUCGUCGGGGACAACGGGGCUUCCGAAAGGUGUGAUGCUGACGCACAAGGGGCUGGUGACGAGCAUUGCUCAGCAGGUGGACGGCGAGAAUCCGAACCUCUACUACCAUCCCGACGACACCAUCCUCUGCGUGCUUCCCCUGUUCCAUAUAUACUCCCUCAACUCUGUUCUUCUCUGUGGCUUGCGUUCCAAGGCUGCCAUUCUCCUCAUGCCCAAGUUCGAAAUCAACGCCCUCCUCGCCCUCAUUCAGAAACACAGAAUCACCGUUGCCCCCGUCGUCCCACCCAUCGUUCUCGCCGUUGCCAAGUCACCUGAUCUCGCCAACUACGACCUCUCUUCCAUCAGGCUCUUCAAGUCCGGCGGAGCCCCUCUCGGUAAAGAGCUUGAAGACACUGUGAGGGCCAAAUUCCCCAACGCCAGACUCGGCCAGGGUUACGGUAUGACUGAGGCAGGCCCUGUGCUCACAAUGUCCUUAGCUUUUGCUAAAGAACCCAUGCACGUGAAAGCAGGUGCAUGCGGAACCGUUGUGAGAAACGCAGAGAUGAAGAUCGUGGAUCCUGAAACCGCCCAAUCCCUACCUCGAAACCAGUCCGGUGAAAUCUGCAUAAGAGGCGACCAGAUCAUGAAAGGUUAUCUGAACGACAAAGAGGCUACAGAGAGAACGAUAGACAAAGAUGGGUGGUUGCACACAGGUGACAUCGGUUACAUCGACGAUGACGAUGAGUUAUUCAUCGUUGACAGGUUAAAGGAACUUAUCAAAUACAAAGGGUUUCAGGUGGCUCCGGCUGAACUCGAAGCCCUUCUUCUCACUCAUCCUAACAUCUCUGACGCUGCCGUCGUUCCAAUGAAGGAUGAAGCGGCCGGAGAAGUACCUGUGGCAUUUGUUGUGAGAUCAAAUUCUUCCAUCGACACAACCCAGGAUGAAAUCAAGAACUUCAUCUCCAAACAGGUGGUGUUUUACAAGAGAAUAAACACAGUAUUCUUCGUUGAUGCAAUUCCCAAGUCACCCUCAGGCAAAAUCUUGCGUAAGGAUCUACGAGCAAAGCUAGCAGCACCAGCAGCUGCAUCACAAUGAUGUAACUUCAACCAAUCCUACAAUACGAUGUUCUCUUUUUUAUAUUUUACAAUGUUCCCAACAACCUUCAACAAGACAUAAGCAACAGCGAUUAUUGAGAGCCUUCAUCCUCUGUGUUACGUAUUUUCUUGUACCUUCGUUUGUAACAGCAGUGUAUUAUCUUCUGUAUAAA